AUGGAGUAUUCAGGAAAUACACUGUCUAUGAAGAAUUCUUUUAUGAUAUGUAUUGCACAGUUGUGCCUUUCAGCCAUUUUGUUUAUACUCUAUAACAAUAUAGGUGGCUCUGCAAUUAUUGACACAAUUAAAAAUGUGGAUCCUAACCUGGAACCAGCUGAACAUACUCGAAUCAUCCUGGUUUGGACUUGGCCAUUUCGUAAUAAAUUUCCCCUUAAUGACUGUCCAUCCUACCUUAAUAUUAGUGGAUGCUUCUAUACAGAUAACAGAACAUUGUUUUCUUCUUCUGAUGCAGUUGUUAUCCAUCACAGGGACGUAUGCUACUCUAAAAAACUACUUCCGCAUAUGCCAAGACCACAAAACCAGUACUGGGUAUGGUUUAACAAGGAGUCCCCAUCUCACAGCCCAAACUUACACUUUAUGGACAAUCUCCUCAAUCUGACCAUGUCCUACAGGACUGACUCUGAUAUAUUCUCACCUUAUGGCUGGUUGGAGGAGAAUAAAGAAGAAGAUAACUUCACUAUCCCACCAAAGACUAAGCUGGUGGCCUGGGCAGUCAGUAAUUGGAAACCAAACUCUAGAAGGGUGCAUUAUUAUGAGCAGCUUAAGACAUUUUUAACCAUUGACAUAUAUGGAAGGAAGCAUAAACCUCUGCCCAGAAGUGGACAGCAGCAAAUACUUUCCAAAUACAAAUUUUAUCUGACCUUUGAAAACUCAAUUCAUGAAGACUACAUUACAGAGAAACUGUGGAGGAAUUCCCUCACAUUUGGCAUUGUACCAGUUGUUAUGGGACCCUCUCGUGAAAACUAUGAGCGUUUUAUUCCAAAAGACUCUUUUAUUCAUGUAGAUGACUUCUCCACUGCCCAGGAACUGGCUACAUAUAUUUUAAAGUUGGACAGUGAUGACAAAGCCUACCAGCAAUAUUUCCACUGGAGGUCCAGACUUCAUCCUAUUGCAAUCACUAAUUGGCAGGAUGCUUACUGUAGAGUUUGCAAAGCAUUAAAAGAAGCUCCUAAACAUAAAACUAUUUCAAGACUUGGAGAUUGGUACAAGUAA